AUGGAUAUUGGUAUUGAUGAAAAAGAAGAUUCAUCAACGAUUGAAAAUAUUAUUUUUGCAGGUUUAGAUCAUAAAAAAUGUAUUAUUUGUCGAUCUGAAGUACAUGCUGGUUCAAUGGUAAUGCCAAAAUCAGCAAGGUUGGGUCUCUUAGUGCUGAAACGAAUGUAUACUCCUCAUGGCGUUCGAAGCUGCAUAGACCACUUAUGGAACUGUCGACUAUUACCUGAUGUAGAACUAAACAUGGAAAAUCGACAAACAUCAAUAGCCAAAUUGCAACCAUCGGUUCUUUUGCAGUCAAUUAAUGACCCUUUAGGUUUAUUACAAGAAGCAUCUUCAGCAGCCCGAUUAGACUUCAUGGAUCCUGAAUUGACAGAUGAAGAUUAUUUGGAGUGGACUGGAUGGAAUAAACAACAAUUCGAAGAUAUGUUUACUUUAGUCUCGCCACAUAUUCGUACAUCUUUUAAUCGUGAUGCUAAAAAUACUGUAGCAAUGUUUUGGAUAAAACUAAAGACUAAUUUGUCUUUCAGGCGAAUAGGUUCUCUAUUCAACAUUCCUGGUGAUGGUGAACAUCGUCGAGAUCCUAUUACAUCUUGGUAUUGUCAAUGUAAAUCUGGUGCCAGAACUGUUGGUGCCUGCACACAUGAAGCAACAAUCAUAUGGUAUCUUUCUUAUGCACGACACCAUGAUUUUGAAGGUUCAAGUGAUCGAAGAAGAAUACAACGGUCAAUUGAAAAACUAAUGCAAUCCAAUUCAGAAGAAGAUGAAGAAGAAGACGAUAGUAUUAUGCAAUGA